UGCGCGUGGCCUGCCGGGAGUUGUAGUCCGGAGCAUAUGUGGCCGAAGGCAUCGCACGGGCCACUGCGGGCGGCGCUCUGGGGGGUCCUCGCCCGCCCCCGACAGGCCCUGCCCGGCGCCCGCGAGCGCAGCGCCCAGCCCGGCGGCCGCUGCUGGAGCUGUGGCGAUCCCCUCGCCGGCGGCGGCUCGCCGGCGCCCCGCUUCUGCCCGGCCUGCCGCGCCCUGCAGCCCCCGGAGCCCCGCCAGGACCUCUUCCGCCUCAUGGGAUGUGACCGCACCUUCCGCGUGGACGUGGCCCUCCUCCAGCAGCGCUUCCGGACCUUGCAGCGCUUGCUGCACCCCGAUUACUUCAGCCGGCGGCCCCAGAGAGAGCAAGAUUUUUCGGACCAGCACUCCUCCCUGGUCAACAAGGCCUACCAGACGUUGCUGAACCCCCUAAGCCGCGGGCUGUACCUGCUGGAAUUGAAUGGAGUAGAGCUGGAAGAAGGAACAGACACUGAGGCAGAUCCAGAAUUUCUCUUGGAAAUCAUGGAGAUGAAUGAGAAACUGUCAGAAGCGCACAAUGAUGCUAAAAUAGAAGAGAUAGAAAAUACCAUUGCAGCAAAACAAGCAGAGCUGGUCGCGAGUGUGAGCAGAGCCUUUGAGAAAGAUGACCUUCAAGAAGCCAAAAAACUUUUAGCCAAAAUGAAGUAUUUUGCAAACCUUGAAGAAAAAGUGAAGAAGAGGAGAAUCCCUUCAUGAUCCUCCAUACUCAAUUGCAAUGGAUUUUUUCCUAUUUUAAUUUUAUCCUAUUUGUUCAGGCAACUCUUGAGUCCUAUUUGGAAUGGAGUUGACAUGAUGCAGAAGAGAUCACAUCCUCUCUCUGCUCCUUAGACCAGGCCAAGCAGUCAGUCCUGAAAAUGACCUGUUGCUCUUUCGGCAAAUAUAGUGGGAAUGGCCUCGGAUAAAUGCACCACUGUAGAAACUCUGUCUUCAGGGAAGGCACUGGUAUUUGGGAAGCCAUGUGUGUGUUGUGUUGAGCCCUCAAGACAGAAUAAAUGUGUAGCCCCCUAGGUACGUUGAACCUAAA